AUGUCGGUCUCUAUACAGAAUAGAACCAUAGAGUUUCAACAAUGUGUCAACACAUACGAAAAGAUCAAUAGAAAACAACAACAACAGCAACAAGCACAACAAGCACAACAUCAUGGCAGUGGCAGAAAAAACAGCUCCCAACAAGUGCACCAACUUCCAAAGAAAUCAGAAUUUAGUCAGCAAGCAAGCCUAAUAGCUAAAGACAUAUCACAUGUUACAGAACUAUUGAGUAAACUAGCGAUCUUGGCCAAGAGGAAGCCACUUUUCGAUGAUAAGCCUAUUGAAAUAGGAGAGCUUACAUAUGUGAUUAAGCAGGAUAUUUUCAAAAUCGAAACUAAUAUUCAGAACUUGCAAAAAUACAUGAAGGGCGAAUCUUCAAUUAUGGUUGACUCACAAACAACCCAAUUCAGCAAAAACGUGUUAACGUUGCUCAAUUCAAAAAUGAAAAAUGUCUCUGGUGAGUUCAAACAUGUGUUGGAAGUGAGGCAAAAGAAUGAAUUAAUGAACAAGAGUCGUCAAGAUAAUUUUCUUUCUGCGGUUUCUAAUAACCGUCUUAACACAUCAUCGCCGUUAAUGAUAGAUGAUGAGUUGGCAAGCACUGGUAGAGCAUCUGAUUCGCUAAGCAACUUGAAUGAGAAUCCUUAUCUCACAACCUCAGCAUCUUCUCCCUACUCUACUGCGGCACAACACCAACAGCAGCAACAGGGCAAUAAAGGUGCUUCGCCGUAUGGUCUUGAUAACGAAGCUGAUCCUCCGCUUGUUUCACCAUACGACAACUCCGAUUACUUAACAUUACCGGACCAGCAACAACAACAAAUGCUCUUGAUGGAAGAACAAAAUAGUGGUCAACAAUAUUUACAGCUGAGGAAUAGAGCAGUCGAGAGCAUUGAAAGCACCAUCAACGAAGUGGGCAAUUUGUUUCAGCAAUUGGCCACGAUGGUGAGCGAACAAGGUGAGCAAAUUCAGCGGAUCGAUGCCAAUGUUGAGGAUAUUAGUCUCAACAUCAAUGGAGCACAACGAGAAUUGUUGAAAUAUUAUGCUCACAUUACAAGCAAUAGAUGGUUGUUUUUAAAAAUUUUUGGCGUGUUGAUUGUGUUUUUCUUCCUCUGGGUGCUUGUUAGUUGA